GGCUAAUCCUGAGUAGAGAGCUAGAGAGCGAACAUCGAGACUGAGGUACGUUGAGAUAGAUGUGUGGCUAGCCAGCAGAAGGAGUAUCUAGCAGAUUUAGAUACUAGACUUAGAUCUGUCUAAACCGAUGAAUUAAGAUGAGAACGUGCCCAAAGAUAUCGCUCAUCAUUAUUUUAAUUCUAACUGUCGCUUUGAUAUUAAAAUAUUAUCGAACUGACCCAACUGACUCCUCUAUUAGCAUAAAAGAGAACAAUAUUCAGACACUCGAAGCGAAGAGCAAUUCAAUAAUAAAUCAAGUAGAAAAAGCCCAUUAUUCUCCCUUAUCCCUUGAAGUCAUUUCUGGAGUAAAAAAGUUUGUCGUAUUCAUAGGAUACUUCAGGAGUGGUCACAGUAUAGUUGGGAGUCUGCUGGAUGCUCAUCCGAAUGUCGUGGUGGCACAUGAGCUAAACGUUCUUCGUUGGCUCUCACGAUUAGAUCUACAAAAUUCAGAAGUGAAGGCUGAUCUCUUCAAUGAACUCUAUGCAAACAGUUUUAACAAUGUGUUUAGUGAUGGAAAAAGAAGCGAUAACAAUAAAGGAUACAAUCUCACGAUAGAAAACAGUUGGCAAGGACGGUACAGAGAGCGGAUUGAUGUAAUUGGAGACAAAAAUGGUGGUGGAACGUCCAGGAUGUACAGAGAUAAUGCUAAGGACUUCAAACUUGCGUACAACCGACUGCAUCAGUUUGCUUCCAUCCCAAUACGUUUCAUUCACUGCGUACGUAAUCCAUUUGACGUUAUCUCUACAAUGGUGCUUUACAGAAUACAGAGCACAAGAAUUCAAAAAGACUUGGUCCCCAUUUCCAGAAAGUCACGUCAUGUAUACAAAGACGUCCAACAACUUUCAUCAGCUGCAGACCUUUUUUUCUCUUUAGCUGAUUCUGUUGCUAACAUUUCUCAGUCAAUAACUUCUGGAGAUCGGCUUUUGGAAAUUCACAACCAUGAGUUGGUAUCUCAUCCAGAAGAUACUGUCUUCAAGUUGUGCCAAUUUCUGAACAUUGAUUGCCCAAGAGAUUAUCUAAAAUUGUGUGCAGCAAAAGUGUUUCCGAAAAUAUCAAGAUCAAGAUUUACUGUGGACUGGCCGGAAGAGAUGAAGAAAAUUGUGCAGAGCCGUCUUGAACUGUAUCCCUUUUUUAAGGGUUAUUCAUUUGAAAGUUUAAUGUAAUACCUUAACGUAACUGCACAUAAUUAUAGCUACGUAUAGAUCUAUAUCUAUAUGUGUAAUUUAUUGUGACAGCGUCUUAAUUGUUAUGUGAGGCAGAGUACAUGUAAGUACAGUUUAACAAUUUGAUUGUUCAGUUUUUGAACAAUAAUUUAUUAUUUAGAAUCUA